CGCCUCCCAAUCACCACACAGGCGCUGCUGGGCUCACACGCAGUAGCAGGCCAGGCAGGUGCUCAGGGGGCGUGGGCGGCUCAGUAUAAGGUGCCGCGCGGGGCCUUCCUCCCCAGACCGCUCCUCGCCCCGCCGCCAUGAACACCCGCGUACUGCUUCUGUUCCUCUGCUGCGCUGCGGCGCAGUGGACGGCAGGGCACUCGGCGAGCAAGGUGAACAGAGACUAUACCCUGUACGCCAUGGCGCCUGAGCACCGCGGGUCAUACUACGUGAAUCCGAAGGGCGGUCGUUAUAACUACGGCUACAAUACUGGCGACGGCAUUGCGAAGGUGGAGGUGCAGCAGCCCGAUGGCUCCAUCGUGGGCUCCUACCGCUACUACGAUCCAAACGGGAAGCAGGUGGUGCGCUCCUACGUGGCGGACAACAAAGGCUUCCGCGUGUUGGGGAACGACCUGCCCAUUAGUCCCGACACGCCGGUCUCGCACAUCUCGGGUCUGCCAGCCUUCACCGGCGCCGUGGAGGGCACUGACACGUUUGACAUUCCACCACCUUUUAGCUCCGUCUCUCACAUUUCGCAGCUGCAACAACAACAGCGGCCUCACUACCACCAGCAAGUGAAAGAGCAGAAGCUGAAAGAGCAGCAGCUGCUUCAACAACAGCAAGCUGAAUAUCGAAAACAACAGGAGAAACUCGAAGCCUUAAGGGAACAACUUAGGGAAUUGGAAUUACUUCAGCAGAAACUUUACGGUUCCUUCACCUCACACAAUUACCACACGACGUCACAGCACCCCACUCAUCUCAGGCCCAUCCGCAACCACCUGUCUCACGGCUACACGUCUCCCUACCGAUACUUUGAAAAAGAUUUCAACUACGAUUUUCCAGCAGGAUUCGCCUACUCUGGCCUGCCCACUCUAGUCAACGCGCCCCGCAAGACUCACUACCCUCACCCCACCUACACUAUCGGCAGGACUCGCUAACGAUGCUUCCUGAGUUAGCCGUAAUCUAAUUACUGUACAAUACAAUCAAACGCCUUAUCAUUGACUCUUUAUGACUUGUAGGUAGGAAGAUGACAUGGUAGUGGUAGUGAAAUGUAAACAUUUAAUUAGUAUUGAUCAAUCCAUUUUAAAAGUCAGUUUUGAAGUACAAACCACUAGGUGUUUCCUGCUGGGGGAACAGUCUGUCCACCCUUUUGGGUGGCGUGGCGGUGGUGGUCAAGGGAGUGGCAGACCAGAGUCAGGUGGCUGGCUGUGGGGAAGAUUCUGACGAAAGGGUUUAAUACUAACAUUAAUACAUCUACAUCGUGGAGGCGGGUCUGACAGGUGGCCCUGCUGUGACAGGUUCUUCACUGCCCUGUCUUAACCAAUGGUUUGAUAUUUUUAGAGUAAGAUCGACACUUUUGUUUUUGGAGGUUCGAGAGUAAUUCUAAGGACAUAAAUAUCCUU